AUGAAGGAAAUGGAAUCUCAUUCUGACGUAGACUUUGAGCGUUUCAUGCCUCACUCCAAAGAAGUGCUCGCUUACACUGAGCUGCUCGAAUACCCAAAACGUGGAUCGAAGAUUAAGGCUCUUUCAGGAAAGAAGCCCAGUCCGCCGACGUCCCGUCGCACUAGCCUUGCGCAAACCAUAGGGCCAGCGAAGCGAGAGACUACACCUCCGCAGCCUCAGUCUCGCAUCCCUGAUCACCCAGUUGCCAGCAAGCCGGCUGGACCUCCACCACGACCACCACCACCUACUUCAAGAGGCCAGAAAAUAGUUUCCCUUAGGCCAUAUGUGGCUAGUUUUCAAGGAGCCGACAAGGGUGGUGAAGAAGCAGAUACCACUCCUGACUUACCGCCCGCGUCUGCAUUAACGGUGUCGAUGAAGCCGCCACCAGACGACAGUCAUGGCUUUAUCCGGCCUUUUUACAUGACAGUACAAGGCAAUUUAGAUGAACAGCAGCCUGCCCAUGAACGACCCAAAAAAGCACCAGUGGAGCCACCAAGGCAAUUGGUAGAAAGGCCACCCGAGAAUCCACUCGUGAAGAGAAUAGAGAAACUACCAGAAAAACCUCCGGUCCCAGAAACCAGAACAGCUUCCGGUGUUCGUCGACGCUUACCAUUAAAACUUCGGCCGUUCAGGGGUGCCGUACAUGACACCAACGAAACGACAUCACGAGCAAAGCCUUUGAUCACCGAAAAAAAGGUCGCCCCACCCGUGGCGAGGACAGCCGCGGGUGCCCCAGCUACUAGAUCAUUUGCUAUGAACGUCAAGAGUGCAUCAGGUGGACUCGGCCCUCGGCGAGUGUCCGCUACGAGGGUACGGGCCACCUCCCGGGGUCCUGCGAAAACAGCACCGAUACACAUACACGACUCGUCCAUCAAUAUAACUAGAAAUCUAUCUGACACAUCGAAACUUGCAACUCCUUCAAAGCCUUUUCCACCAGUCCCUCCAGGCACGCGCAUUAUAUCAAUGUCGAGCGGGCCUGAAAACUUCCGAGAGACGAUGCUUUGGGACUUCAGCCCCACGCCACCAAUGAAGGUGCCUCAGCUUCACUCGAAGCGAGUCUCCAUCACGCCGACUGAGACUCCGAAAAUAGGAACAAUUGUCGCGUCGAAAUCAUUGCCAAAGGAUACUCCUGAAGUCACUAAACCAGCAGGUGUCAAACUUUACCAAGCUAAAGGCUCUACGACCACGACAACCCCUACACUUUCGACGGUGGCACCGCCAGUAAAAACACAAGCUGAACCAGCAAAGAUAGGCACGAAAACGACUCCUGCACCAGAACAAGGGAAGGCUGGAAAGGAACAGCAGAAAGCAGCGGACAACAAAACCGCAAUCUCUGCUCCAUCAACCGCAAGAGCUUCAAAGGACACAGUUGCUGUCCCGGUGAGACCACCAACGCGCACUGAAGUGAGCCCUAAGAAAGACGAAAAGCAAGCAUCCGCGCCUCAGCGAGGAAAGCCUUCCGAGGAGGCGGUUACCGAAAAAGUACCUUCCGUUACAUCAGCUGCUAAGGCUUCAAAGGAAACGACUCUACCUCCAGCGAAGAGGGCUGGACAUGCUGAAGCGAACACUGCUAAGGCUGGCCGACCCACCUCCACUUCCUCUACCCGGAAAGACUCAAAGGAGGCCGCUGCACCUGUUAAAACGGCAGUGCAUGCUACAGCUAGCACUGCUAAAACUGAGGAGCCGCUAUCCACCUCAACAGUGGCUCAAAAAACACCAUCAACCUCUUCCGCCGCCACGAAGGAUGCGCUCAAACCAGCGGUACACGUUGCACCAAACUCCUCGACGGCUGAAAAAGCUGCUUCAGAGGUCCAUUCCGCUAAAUCUUCGGCACCAGCAAUUACAGGGAGCGUUGUUCCGCCGAGCAUACUUAAGGACGCCAGUGCAACAGUUCUCAAGUCACAACAGCAACCCGAACAUAGCGCGGCGAAAGACAUCGACAAGCCACUAUUCGCCUCAUCUUCAGCGAAGCAUCCUCAAGAGGCGGUUCCCAAGCCGGCCACAACAACAGCUACACCAGAUCACACAACAGCGGCUACAGGAGCGAUCACAGCAGCCUCAGUGGUACCCGCUCCGGCGGCGACCACUGCAGCCACCUCUGAAAAAAGCCAACUUGAAUCUAGUGCCAACAUGCCGUUGAGCGAGGUAGUCUUGGCGCACGCGAAGGUUGAACCACCGAAACCGGCAACUGCAGCUACGCCCGCCAAAGCACCGCUAGUGAAAUCUAUUUUACAUAAGCCUCCGUCGCAAGAAAUCGUUCCGAGACGACAUUCGGUAGUCACGAUAGCCCCACAGACUACUCCACAGGAGCACGAUAAUGCCAUCAGGGAUGCCAAGAUAGCUUCCAACGUCAAGCCGUCUGACAGAAAAAGGCGCCCGUCUUCAUCGCAAAUUGCCAUUCGUGCGGUUGUGCGCACCACCACUCAAGGAGAGUCAAAAGCUCUUGUCCCGAGGCCAGCAGCAACACCUGCAAAGCGACUUUCUGCUGACGCCGAGACUGGCAUGAAGCUAGAGGUCAAACCGGCGCCCGAGACUAAGGCUCCCCUGUCAGCCCAACCACCGAUUCCAUGUCGUCCCUACAAAGCAUGCAUCCAAGGGACAGGCACCAAUGAACUUCCGAAAGAACCACAAAGGAGGUGCAUCCACUUCGUGUUCCUGAUUCGAAGGCUCUUAUUCCGUUACACGUGA